UCGCGUCACAAUGGAGCCGGUCGGAGGCGGCGAGCCUGCCGGCGCUGGGGCUUCCCGCUGAGCCCGCAGCCGCCAGCAGCCGACUGCGAGCGGGCGCCCGGGCGCCGCCUGCGCGCCCGGGGAGCGGCGCUGGGUGGACGCCGCAGGGAGCGCGGGCGCCCGGGUCUGGAUUCGCGCAGGAAUAUUUCAGACAGAAACUAAUUGCAGAGGUUCCGGUUGACCAGCAUUCACAGGAAUGAAGACAAAUACAGAGAUGGUGUGUCUAAGAAAUUUUAAAAGGUGUAGGCCUCCUGAUUGAAGCAUUGUUGAAUUACUGGAAUCAUUUUUAUUGACUUUCUGUACUCUUUACAGGGGAAAGUCAUGAUUACACUAACAGAGCUAAAAUGUUUAGCAGACGCCCAGUCAUCUUAUCAUAUCCUAAAACCGUGGUGGGACGUCUUCUGGUAUUACAUCACCCUGGUCAUGCUGCUGGUGGCCGUGCUGGCCGGAGCGCUCCAGCUUACACAAAGCAGGGUUCUGUGCUGUCUUCCAUGUAAGGUGGAAUUCGACAAUCACUGCACUGUGCCUUGGCACAUCCUGAAAGCCAGCGUGAACACAUCCUCUGAUCCUGGGACACCACUUCCGCUCCCCCUCAGGAUCCAGAAUGACCUCCACCGACAGCAGUACUCCUACAUUGACGCUGUCUGCUAUGAAAAGCAGCUCCACUGGUUCGCAAAGUUUUUUCCCUACCUGGUGCUCUUGCACACGCUAAUCUUUGCAGCCUGCAGCAACUUCUGGCUUCACUACCCCAGCACCAGUUCCAGGCUUGAGCAUUUUGUGGCCAUCCUUCACAAAUGCUUCGAUUCCCCAUGGACCACCCGUGCCCUGUCAGAGACCGUGGCUGAGCAGUCGGUGAGGCCCCUGACACUCUCCAAGUCCAAGGUUUUGCUUUCAUCCUCAGGGUGUUCUGCUGAUGUUGAUGCCAAUAAGCAGUCAUUGUCCUACCCGCAGCCUGGCUUGGAGUCAGCUGGCAUAGAAAGCCCAACUUCCAGUGUCCUGGACAAGAAGGAAGGUGAACAGGCCAAAGCUAUCUUUGAAAAAGUGAAAAGGUUCCGUAUGCACGUGGAGCAGAAAGAUAUCAUUUACAGAAUUUAUCUGAAGCAGAUAAUAGUCAAAGUCAUUUUGUUUGUCCUCAUCAUAACUUAUGUUCCAUAUUUUUUAAGCUAUAUCACCCUUGAAAUUGACUGUUCAAUUGAUGUGCAGGCUUUUACAGGAUAUAAGCGUUACCAGUGUGUCUACUCCUUGGCAGAAAUAUUUAAGGUCCUGGCUUCGUUUUAUGUCAUUUUGGUUAUACUUUAUGGCCUCACCUCCUCCUACAGCUUGUGGUGGAUGCUGAGAAGCUCCCUGAAGCAAUACUCCUUUGAGGCACUGAGAGAAAAAAGCAAAUACAGUGACAUACCUGAUGUCAAGAACGACUUCGCCUUCAUCCUCCAUCUGGCUGAUCAGUACGAUCCUCUUUAUUCCAAACGCUUCUCCAUAUUCCUGUCAGAGGUCAGCGAGAACAAACUGAAACAGAUCAACCUCAAUAAUGAAUGGACAGUUGAGAAACUGAAAAGCAAGCUGGUGAAAAAUUCCCAGGACAAGAUAGAGCUGCAUCUCUUCAUGCUAAACGGGCUUCCAGACAAUGUUUUUGAGCUAACUGAAAUCGAAGUGCUCAGCCUGGAGCUGAUUCCUGAGGUCAAGCUGCCCUCCACAGUCUCACAGCUGGUCAACCUCAGGGAGCUUCAUGUGUACCAUUCGUCUCUGGUGGUGGACCAUCCUGCCCUGGCCUUCCUGGAGGAGAAUUUAAAAAUUCUCCGCCUGAAAUUUACUGAAAUGGGGAAAAUUCCACGCUGGGUAUUUCACCUGAAGAAUCUCAAGGAACUUUAUCUGUCGGGUUGUGUCCUGCCUGAGCAGCUGAGCACCAUGCAGAUGGAGGGCUUUCAGGACUUAAAAAACCUCAGGACCCUCUACUUGAAGAGCAGCCUGUCCCGGAUCCCACAAGUCAUUACAGACCUCCUGCCUUCCCUGCAGAAGCUCUCCCUCAAUAAUGAGGGAAGCAAACUGGUUGUGUUGAACAACCUGAAAAAGAUGGUCAAUCUGAAAAGUUUAGAGCUGAUCAGCUGUGACCUUGAACGCAUUCCACACUCCAUUUUCAGUCUGAACAAUUUGCAUGAGUUAGACCUAAAAGAAAAUAACCUUAAAACUGUGGAAGAGGUCAUUAGCUUUCAGCAUCUCCAAAAUCUUUCCUGCUUAAAACUGUGGCACAAUAACAUUGCUUAUAUUCCUGCCCAAAUUGGGGCAUUAUCUAAUCUGGAGCAGCUGUUUUUGGACCAUAAUAAUAUUGAGAAUCUGCCCCUGCAGCUUUUUCUAUGCACCAAAUUACAUUAUUUGGAUCUAAGCUAUAACCACCUGACCUUCAUUCCAGAAGAAAUUCAAUAUUUGAGUAAUUUGCAGUACUUUGCUGUGACCAACAACAAUAUUGAGAUGCUGCCAGAUGGGCUGUUUCAGUGCAAAAAGCUGCAGUGUUUACUUUUGGGGAAAAAUAGCCUGGUGAGUUUGUCCCCUCACGUGGGCGAGCUGUCGAACCUCACUCAUCUGGAGCUCGUUGGUAACUACCUGGAAACACUUCCCCCUGAACUGGAAGCAUGUCAGUCCCUAAAGCGGAGCUGCCUGAUUGUCGAGGAGAACUUGCUCAACACUCUUCCUCUCCCUGUAGCUGAGCGGCUGCAGUCGUGCUUGGAUAAAUGCUGACCUAAAAUGUCCUAACUUAUAAAGAUAAAAAAAUGGGUAAUAAUUACGACUAACUAUAACCAAAUGUGUUAUUAAAGCAACUCAGUGUCUGGCCCUGAAUUAAGCAGGUAAAAAAUGUUAACACAGAACUGAGUUUUGUGAACAAUGGAUCUUUUACUUGCUGACUUGUAAGAAGUAUGCUUUGAGUGUGGAAUGGGGGACGUGAAGUUAUUGAAUCUCUACUUUGCAGUUAUUACCUUGAAGAUUAGAUAUUCUUUCUUCUCCCUCCCCAGUCCCCAUUACUUACUUGCACACUUCUUGUAACUGACUUCGUUUGGAUAUUUAUCACCUAGACCAUAAACUCAUACAAAUUUCCUUGAUGUACACUCAGCACUGUCUUCGAUUUAUGUUCUUAGUUAUUUUUAGGCAGGGUGCCUUGUGCUUGGCUGAGUUCCGUCUUGGCUUCUUAUUUCCUGUCCCAGCUUGUGUGAGUCUUCCUCCCUCCGGUUUUGCAUAGGACAAGAGCAGGGUGCACAGGACUUGUCACCCUUGGGACACCCUGAAGGUCAAUGUGUCCUCUAAAAUUUCUUCUUGUGGAGCAUCAAAGCCUUUUUUAUUUGCUGAUAUGUUUUUAUAUUAAAUGUAAAACAAAUAUCUUUAUUGUUCACUCAUGGAUCCCAAACCUGCAGGAAUAGUUUUUGUACGGUACAGAGAACACAUGCAUCUCUCUAAGAAUUUACUAUGAAUAUUCUUGGUUUGGCUGCUUAUGAUUCUCAUACUUGUGUACAUUCUUCAUAAUGUUUUUUGCAAUCUGUGAUUAGCUACUUUUGGAUCAGAAAAGCCUGUGUUUCAGGCCCUACAAUAUGGAGGGGUUUCCUUAUAAGAGGAUAGCCACAUCGUCUACCUCUCUCUUCCCUGUUGCUGUGCUGUCGUACGGGUACAAUUCUUCACUACUUCAGAAACUGUGAUGGAGGGGAGAGGUAGAGAUUUCGGUCUUCAAAACUGACUUCAAAAUACCUUGUAGAAAUUAAGUAAGAGUUACAGCAAAAACUUCACUUUCUUCUCUAUCUGUGUGAUCUAUAGAUACAAUUAUAAUGAAAAACAGCCUCUCUUCAGAGUUUAAGAUGAGUUCUUAAAGCUCACAAUGAAAUAGAUCUAUUUAACUGGAAUUUAUCUCAUGUCUUUGUUUAACUUUUCUGGAAUACAUUUUGCUCCUUUUCUAAUAAAAGAGCUUUUGUGUUUGGCCUUUUAUCAUGCAUGUUGUAAAAUGAAAAUGAACUGACUCAUUUUGGGGAAAUGUACAUUUUUAAUGUGUUUUUCUCUAAUGGGUCUGGGCAUAAUGAUGCCAUUUGAUUCUGGGUGUAACUAUGAAGCAAUCUGUUAAGCGCCUGAGACAAAACUGGAAAACACUGUGGGUAAAGGAAUUGUGAUGUGUGCUGUUUUUCUUGGUUUUGCCCAUUCCAAAAAGAUGAAAGUGAGUGUUUAAACAAAAUGUACCUUUACUCACCUGCCACACAUCCCAGGACUGAAUCUCAGAGAAAAGAAUUGUUUGCAUCAGAUGAAAUUUGAAUAAUAUGAGCUAUAAAAAAACAUAAAACACCAAAGGCUGCCUAAACCUUAUUGUUUAUUCUAAAUGAGAAGAAAUGGUGUAAAAAUGUAAUUUUUACCAAAACUUGCCUUUAGUCAGAACAUUCAUGUUCUCAGGGACCCAGGCAUAACUGAUGAAACUUUCUUUUAGGACUUCAGAAAACUGUAUCUGAGGGCGGGGGUGUGGAGGGGGUUGUUAUGUGAGUUGAUGGUCAUUUGAAUGUUCCACAAUAGAUGUGUGUUCAUUCCAUUGUUAGAUAGGAUUAUCUUAAGUUUUGGAUGUGACUGUGAUACAUGGAGGGGUAUUUAAGUGUUCUUGGAACUUAAAUGUUUUUGGACAAAUAAUUAGCUGUAAUUCAAAUGAAAAAGUUCACCUCAUUUUUUCUGAAUGAGUUUUCAAAACAAAUUUUAGAUUGUUACCAUUUCCCUGACAAACUAGAACUUCACCAUGGCUAGUCACUGGUUUUGUUCAUGUGCAAAAGUCAUUGGCAAAAUCUCCCUUAUCACCUCUCUGAAUUUCUGGACACAGGUUACUAAUCAGGAUCAAUAAUGAGUAUUAUAAGUGUCACUCCAAACACAAGGGUGUAUAUAGUAACUACUGGAAGUUCUGUUCUUGAUGCCAUAGUUUUUAGAUUUAUUUUUUAUAUCAGUCUAACACACCAGUCUUUAGGUAGCUUUUGAAAUGACAGGGCACUGAUGCAAUGAACUCUGAGACCACCACUUGACACUGAGUAUGAGUUUGAUGCCACCUUUACUGCACUGUUGGAGCAGGAGCAGAUCACAUCAUAUUAUAAAAGUUCAUGUUCUUUUAAGAGGAUUUUAAAUGAAGAAAAAUGAAGUUUGUUCACUUGUGAAAUUUAGCUGGUAUUUGAUUUCCAACAAUGUCAGUGCAUUUUCCAAAACUAGAUAGAUGUGGAUGUUACUCAGAACAAAGUCGAUGGCUUACGCUAGCAGUGGGAUUGAUUCAUUUACAUGCACACAUAGAUGCACACACAGACGACCAUGAGUGCACACGCACACACACCCCUAUGUAUGCAAAAUGUAGCUUAUUAGUUUUGGAUGGGUUUAGUGUUUUCCCCAAGGUUGUAAGAGGUUAAUGAUAAGAUAUUCCUUUUUAUUCAUUACUUGUAAUUAUGGAAUGUUCUAUUCCCUUGGUUAUAUUUAAAAGAAAACGGAACGUUCAGCCUUAGUCUGAGAACCUAAGCAGUUUGGAACAUUUCUGGUAAGGUAGUGUUCUUUCCCUAACCUACAUCAGAGUACAUUCUCUGUAGUACGUAGACACUGUGUUUUCAUUCUUCAUCCUGUCUUGUUUUUUUUCCCUUCAGACUUCAGCAUAUUUCACAGUCACGUAACAAACCUUUGUGUGAAACAGGGUGAACAGAGACCCUCAGAAUCUCAGCUCCGUGGCACACAUGGUUCAGGCAUGUGCUGCGUGGAGCUGCAGCAAGUUAUCUGCACAACAUUGUUAGACAGUGAAAAUAUUUGUAUUUGUUUUUCAAGUGUUUCAUGAUUCAAAUUUUGUAUGUUUAAAACACUGCAUAAUAUCCAUGGGUUCAGAAACUAUUAAACAAUUC